GCACCUGCCGUUCAGAGCACCUGUCGUUCAGAGCACCUGUCGUUCAGAGUACCCCAGAAGACUUCAGAGGACGACAAUGGCACAGUUGGAGCAAAAGGCUAAAAACAAUCAGAUGAUUGUUGGAGGUCUGGGCCGACCGUUCACUCUGGGCAUGUUGUAUAACGCCCCAAAGGACCAACUCAUCCCAGGAAUGGCCCUUUGGGACUCACAAACUUUAGAAAGUCUGACGGUGAAGAAGCCCCAGAGGAGCAGUCACUUUGACGUCAGAUCGUCAGACUCCACUGCAGACACGUCCUUUAACCUGAAUGUGAACGCGUCUCUGAAGCUCAGCUUUCUGAGUGGCCUGAUUGAAGUGGGGGGGUCAGGCUACCUGAACAACAAAAAACAAUUUAAAAACCAGAGCAGAGUGACCCUGCAAUACCAGGCCACCACUCGUUUUGAGCAGUUGUCCCUCACAGCAGAUGUGUGUGAGAAAAUACAGAACAGUGUGAGUCAUGAGAAGGGCCUGGGCACACAUGUGGUCACAGGGAUAGAGUACGGAGCCAACGCUUUCUUUGUGUUCGACAGUCAGAAGGUAGACUCUAGUGACCUCCAGACUGUCAAAGGACAGUUGGAGGUAACUAUCAAAAAGAUUCCUCAGUGUGAAAUUCACGGAGAGGCAAAGGUAGAACUCACUGAAGAAGAAAAAAACCUAGUUAAAACAUUGUCUGUUCAGUUUUAUGGAGAUUUUCUUCUUGAGAGCAAUCCUGCAACAUUUGAUGCAGCUGUUCAGACCUAUGUGACUCUGCCCAAGCUGCUGAUGGGAGCAGACGGCAAAGAACCAGUGAACACUGUUCCUGUGAAGGUCUGGCUGCUUCCACUGGAGGUCUUUAAAUAUGAGCCUGUUCCAGUGACUAAAGGCAUCAGUGUAGGUUUAGUGCUGGAGGCCGAGGAGACUCUGAAGGAUCUGGAAAACAUUACCAUGAGGUGUAAUGAAUGUUUGUCUGUCAGUGCAGUGGGGAAGUUCCCUGAGCUUCAGCAGCAGGUGCACAAGUUCUCCAAACUGUGUCGCCAUUACAGUGUAGAGCUGCAGGGGCAGAUGGCAGAGACAUGUCCUGCCAUUCGAGAGGGGACAGUGGAAGAGAGCGUCCUCAGAAGUCUCUUUGACCAGAGACUCAUGUCCCCGUUCAGCCAGGACAGACUCACCAAGUGGCUGGAGGACAAGGAGAUGGAGAUCAGUAUGGUUCAGUUCUUUUUAGACAUCAUGGAGGGAUUCCCAGUGUUGCCCACUCAGGCUGAGGUUUAUAAGUUUGUGUUGGCUCCAGGAGAUGAAGUCCGCUGUGUCUAUGCCUUCACCUCUCUGGGGAACGCAGAUCCUCAGCUGGAGGAGAUGGGUCAGUACCUGAAUGCUCUGAAGUCGGGGGAGACUUAUGAGCCACCACAAUUACAGCCAGAACAUCCAUGGUUCAAGAAAGAUGAGGUGGUGGUCAAAAUGUGGAAGGAAGCUGUAUAUUUUCAACAAAACAAAGACGAAGUACAUCUGUGUGUCACAGCGAAAAGCGACACGUCCCUCACUGGUUAUGCUAUUAACGCCUACAAAGAUGGGGUCCCGUUCUCUUUCAUGCCCAUCCAUCGACGUCCUCCCUUUCAUACGGGGGUUCACGGACUUCUUCCACCCCAGACACUUCCUCCAGCUCCUACAGGGGCCCCGAGCUGUGCAGACCAGCCCAGAGCCAUAGUCCCUCUGUCCCCUGUCCUGGGUCUUCCCCGGGGCCUCCUCCCAGUGGGACGGGCCCAGAACACCUCCUGAGGGAGACGCGCAGGAGGCAUCCGGAAUAGAUGCCUGAGCCGAAUUUAAGAAACCAAGUGGAGCAACUGUUGUCACAGAGUAAAAGGAGCUUCAAAUGUCCAGAUGAUCUUUGUCAAACUCAUCACCACUGUCCUGUUUUCUCUUUAAGUCAACACUUUGGACCUGAUUCUUUUCAAAUGUAACAAAUGUAAUUCAAAUACAUGUGAUUUUCUUGGGUAGUUUUCUUGUGAAAAAGUCAAAACUGUUACAAUUAAUGAAUGAUAAAAAAAGUGUAAUCUGAUCUAAUAAAUGGUUUGACCCAA